AUGUCGAUGUUUGCAGAGAUGAUUUCGGCGUCGUAUCUGGCUACGACCGCGGCCACUUUCUUCAUUGGAUACCUCCUUGUCAAACAGCUAUUUGGUAAACGAUACAGGCUCCCGCCUGGUCCAAAGGGUUGGCCUUUCAUCGGAUCGUACCCAACCAUUGUAUCAGGAAAGUAUGACCAAAGGGAACUUUUUGGCAUGUGGGCUGAGGAGUAUGGGAAUAUCUACACGUUCAACGUCUUUGGGACCCGAUUCGUCAUCUUGAACAGUCACGACCUAGUCCAAGAAGCGUUUCAGAGCCCCGACAUCAACGAUCGCGCCCCGAUACUUCCUUGUAAUAGGGCCCUGAACAGACCAAACACGGGACUCGGGUUAAUCUCAGAAAACGAAGGCCCAUUCUGGAAAGAACAACGUCGUUUUGUCAUCAGUAACCUCCGUAACGUGAGGAAAUCAAACAACAAUUUUGAGGAUUUGGUGAUCGCGGAAGCGGCCAAACUUGUCAAAGAAUUCGCCAGCCGGAAGUGUGUUGCCUUCGAUCCAGCCGACAGUAUUUUUGUCACGGCAUCCAACGUCGUCAUCGGCAUCGUGACAGGAAAGACCUAUGACUACAACGACGAGGAGUUCGUGGAGCUCACCAAGAAGGCGCGGGCGAUCUUUGAGUGGAUGGGUCCAGGAUCAUUCUUCUACCAUGUCCCAGUACUGUCCUACAUGCCUUUCGAGAUCAACAAGAUGGGAGAUGUCGCUGCUAAGGGUAUGUUCGACUUUCUGGACAAGAUCUUGAAGAGACAUCGGCAGUCCUAUGACCCGGCAGACAAGCCAACAGACUUGAUAGAGGAUUUUCUACAUGAACAGGCGAAACGAAAUGCAAAGAACAUGGAUGUGGGAUCGUUCAAUGAUCUAUGCCUUAAACAGGUUUUAUGGGAUCUGAUCCUGGGAGGCUUUGAGACUGUCUCUACUAGCAUUUUGUGGUACUUUCUCCUCAUGGCCCAACACCCAGAUAUACAGGCCAAUGUCCAGGCCGAGCUCGAUAAGGUCGUCGGGCGGGAUCGUCUCCCAUCCCUGUCCGACCGCAAUAAACUUCCCCACACGGAAUCGACCAUGGUGGAAUGCUACCGAAUCUGUAGGGUUCUCCCUACGCAAAUCCCACACCGUACUCGUUGCGACGUGAAGCUCGGAGGCUACGACAUCCCGAAGGGGACGAACGUCGCCACGAAUGCCUACAUGCUCGCGUCCUCGGCCGCUGUCUGGAGUGAUCCCGAAAAGUUCGUCCCGGACAGAUUCAUCGAUAAAGAGUCGGGACUGUUCGACAGCAAACUGGAAGCUAAACUUAUGGAAUUCGGAAGUGGUCGGAGGGUAUGUCCCGCAGAACAACUGGCUCGUACAGAACUCUUUGUGUUUUUUACACACAUCUUACAUCGCUUCACCCUUAAACUACCGGAAGGGACACCCAUUUCUAUGGCGGGAAAGUGUGGUUUGACGUUCCAUCCUGACCCCUUUAAAUUCGAAGCGGUUCCCCGAAAUUCAACCAUCGAAGAAGGGGCUUUCCUAUAGACAUGAUAGAGGGUUGCCGGAAUUGUAGAAUAUGUGACCAGCCAACUCAAAACCAACCCGAAGUCGCUAUGGAGGCUUCUCUCUUUUCUUAUUUCUUGAAGCUCUAACUGAAAUUUCUUUCUUUUUCAAUGAAAUAUUGGUUUCCGUUAUUGUUGAUCAAAGCUUUAGAGGAUGUUCCUUUUUCGUCUGGAUAAUCAUUUUGGCGACUUAUUGUUGGUCUUUAGGUGGCUAGUCACGUCGUGGCAGGUCAUGAUUGUGGUUUCAAUUAUUUUGCACAAUGUUCAGAUCUGUAUUCAGUAUACUUACUGGACAAACCGAUAUUAUAUUGUUUUCAAUAACCUUUCUUAAUUUCCAAAAGAAUGCUUAGUGAGAUGAUGAGCACAACUGUAAUCAUAAUGAUUUCUGGGAUACUAUUUUUUGUAUUCUUGCAGAUAUUUAGGUGAGGGAAAUAAAG